AUUUCUAUCAGACACUUGUUCUAUUUUGCGGCGUACCUUUCUCGAUAAUAUAUUAUUUUUCCAACCUUCUGCUGUACCUUUCAUCUUCUAUCCAUGGUUCCAUCGACCCUUUACCACGCCUCACAACCUACUCAACUACGGAUCCUCCAGCCCUUGGCAUGUAUUAUUACACACAUUGAUUUUACGACCUACAAAACCCAGCCCUUCUCAACGCUCUUCAGACAUCACAAAAUCCAACCAACAUCGAGACAAAAAGUAACCUCUACCCCAAUAUCCUCCCAACCAUGGGCCCUCCAAACCAAGAUAUAAUCAACUACAGUGCUGCCAGUACUCCACCACUGACUCCUUUGUCUCGACCCCAUAAGGACUCGAUACCUACCGAGACGGACGACACCUUCAGCUUGACUGAUCGCAGGACGACAGAGCUGUUGGAGUUCCCCUUCCGGACUACAGACUAUACGCUUGAUAAAAAGAAUCUGCUCGGUAGCGGGCUAUGGAGCGACGUGUUCCUUGCAUUACCGAUUAUACCAAAGCUUUCAACAGCACACUCCGAUAUCGAAAUAGACGUGCUAGGAACACUCUCACCUCCCUUGACCCCCGUCAAGGCUCGAAAUACCUCAAAUUCCAUUCCUUCUAUACCUCAGGCCUACGCAAUCAAAUUACCGGCAAUGACUUCCGCGAAAGCCGUCAUAGCUUCCGAAGCACGCAUCCUUUCACACCUCUCCUCCUUCUCCUCGUACAGCGACCACAUCGUCCCCUUCUUCGGCCUCGACACUCGUAACGGCGCCCUCAUCAUGAGCGCUAUGCCCAACAACCUCAACGCUUUCGUCAAAAACCUCAACACCUUAGAUGCCACAUCCCGCACUGCCCGUAUCGUACAAGAGUUUCCAAAACUAGCACUCAAUCUAGUUCGCGGACUAGAAUGGCUCAAUACCCACAACGUCAUCCACGCCGACAUCAAACCAGACAACAUCCUUCUUACCAAGAGUGGAAUGCCUGUAUUCGCCGACUUCUCGUCUUCCAUCCUGACAAUCACCUCCGACGAGCUCGGCGCAUCAUCAACGGCUCCUGUGGGUGGUGGAACGUGGGACUACCUAUGUCCGUCAAUACUGACCCGUGAUUCGAGCACGGCACGGUAUCCGACCCCUUCUACCUCGACGGAUUUAUAUAGUCUCGCUAUCACGCUCCUCUUCGUCGUGAUAGGGCACUCGCCUCUUGAUUCUGCUGGGUCCAACACAUUCAGGAGGCGGGAUAUGGUCAAACAAGGUACACCGCUCGCUUUCGCAUUUGGAGGCGAUAAGGGGAAUGUGGCUGAGCAGCGAUGUAAAGACCUAUCGACAACUUUAGGUUGGGAUGUCGUAGCAUGGUUGCAAGGAGGGCUGCGGAAAAGUGAGAGUAGAGUAGGGGUUCGGGAGUGGAGGGAGAGUUUGGAGAGGCGGAUGUGAUAGUUGUGUAUUAUACCUUGUGAUUUUGACGAUUGAGCGAUCGAAUUUUGUAUAGUUCUUAGAUUUUGUUUCAUAUAUAUGUCUAUGACGUUUCGGAUUGGGAAAUCGUUCGCAUUCGCGACGAGAAUAUGUCUUGUAUUAUUCGUAAUUUAUCC